GCGUGAUCUGAGGAAGUGCGUUACAGUGGCUCAUGCUAGUUAAUCUCAAGCUAAGCAUUUUACUCAAAAAGACUGUCCUCAGAAGCUAGCAUUUGAUUCUUUUAUGAAAAAAUGCCCAGCUAAUACGGACUAAGUUAUUUAGAUAACUAAACUUCGUGUAGUUAAAGAGUUGUCUAUAUCAAUAAAUCAAUUUUCUUUAUCCCUAUUUGAUACUCAGGCGAUAAUUUUAAUCUCCUCUUUCUUAUGUUUGCAUGGGGUGCAAACAGUCAUGGCCAGUUGGGUACAGGAGAUGAUAAAGAUGUUUAUGAACCUAAAAUCAUCAGUUUCAGUGAACCUAUUACACUGAUCACAGGAGGUGGUGGUCACUCAAUGAUUUCAAAUGAAAACAAUAUAUUUAGCUGUGGCUUGAAUUCUGUUGGCCAAUUAGGUCGUUCAAAUGACCGAAAGUACUUCGAACUAAUUCCAUUCUCUUUUCCAUCGACCGUUAGUAUAGUGUCAUGUGGCUGGGAUUUUUCUGUUGCAGUAUUGAAUGAUGGAUCUGUUUUUGCAUGGGGUUCAAAUGCAUAUGGGCAGUUGGGUAACAAAAAUGUUAAUUCAAGCAUAGUUCCUGUUCGUGUUGACAUAGAGCCUGUUCGAUCUAUAUCUGCUGGUUUAAGACAUGUUGUUUCUGUAACAGUCUCCGGAAAACUAUUUGGUUGGGGUUCUAAUCGCCGAAAACAAUUAUUCCUUGAUAAAGUUUUGGAUAAAGCUGAGGAUUAUGAUGAUUCAAAAGAAAUAUGCUACCGUCCCACUGUAUUAAACUCUGUACUAGGUGGUACAUAUGAGUGCAUCGAUUGUGCUGCUGGUGCAUAUCAUUCUGUAAUAAAAACAAGAACAAAUCAAUUGGCUCUUUUGGGAGACACCCGAUUUUUUAGAAACAAAGAUGUAGUUCACGAUCCUUCAGACAACCGAAGUAGAUUUUCAUCCCCUAUUUGGUAUGGUUCUGAAUUAUUCGAUAACAAUGAAAUAGAACAAGUGGUGUGUGGAUGGAGUCAUGUUCUCGUUAGAACUAGUGUUGGGGAAGUUUAUUCAUGGGGUCGAUCAGACUUUGGACAGCUUGGACGAGCUGUUAAUGAAUUGAGCGAGUUAAGCGAAAAGUCCGAUGAGAAGUUUUCGAAUUUCGAUACACACCCUGGAAAAGUACAUUUUCACACAAAUACUGAUCAUGAAGUGGCUAUCAAAACUAUUGCUUGUGGUUCAGAGCACUCAUUAGCUAUCGAUUCAAAUGGACAGUUAUGGGUUUGGGGAUGGAAUGAGCAUGGCAUGUGCGGUGUUUUAACAAAAAUCGCAAGUCAAAUGGAAAAGAAUGAGAGUCAAGAACAAUUCAUUCCUUUUAUCACACGACCAUACCAAGUAAAGUUUCAGUGUGUUAAUCGCAGUUAUGAAGUGAAACAUAUUGGUUGUGGAUACGGUCAUUCAAUGGCGUAUGUAGAAUUUAGUUAGCAAACGUUGUAAAUAUUAUAUUGUAUUUUUGUUUGUAAUAAAAUGUGACGAGUUUCU